UGUUCUGCUGUUUUUAUGUGAAAACAAAAUGCCAGUAAGACCAGAUCUCCAGCAGUUGGAAAAAUGCAUUGAUGAUGCAUUAAGGAAAAAUGAUUUCAAACCUCUGAAAACACUUUUACAAAUUGGUAUUUGUGAAGAUGUGAAGAUUAGAUGCAGCAAACAGUUUUUCCACAAGUUGGAUGACCUUAUAUGCCGGGAACUUAAUAAAAAGGAUAUUCAGACUAUUUCAACAAUUUUGGUUUCUGUUGGAAAAUGUGGCAAAAAUAUCAGCAUAUUAGGACAGCCUGGACUUUUAACCAUGAUAAAACAAGGACUAGUCCAGAAGAUGGUUGUCUGGUUUGAAAAAUCCAAGGAGAUUAUUCUAAGUCAAGGAAAUUCAAAAGAUGAAGCUGCUAUAAAUAUGAUAGAAGACUUAUUUGAUCUUUUUAUGGUCAUACAUGACAUCAGCGAUGAAGGUAAAAGGCAAAUAGUGGAAAGUUUCAUACCUCGAAUUUGUGCCUUGGUUAUUGAUUCAAGAGUGAAUAUUUGUUUUCAGCAGGAGACUUUAAAAAAAAUGAAUGCUAUGCUUGACAACCUGUCUCAAGAUGCCAGGAAAAUAUUUUCUAACCAAGAAAUGUUAACUCUCAUGAGUAGUAUGGGAGAAAAGAUUUUAGAUGCUGGAGAUUAUGACUUGCAGGUAGGCUUUGUGGAAGCUUUAUGUAGAAUGACCACAGAAAAACAGAGACAGCAACUGUCACGUCAGUGGUUUUCAAUGGAUUUUAUUGCUAAUGCAUUUAAAGAAAUUAGAGACUGUGAAUUUGAAACAGAUUGCAGGAUAUUUCUCAACCUUGUAAAUGGUAUGCUGGGAGAUAAGAGAAGGGUCUUUACAUUUCCUUGUUUGUCAGCAUUUCUUGAUAAAUAUGAGCUGCAUAUACCAUCAGAUGAAAAACUUGAAGACUUUUGGAUUGAUUUUAAUCUUGGGAGCCAGACUUUGUCAUUUUACAUUGCUGGAGAUGAUGAUCAUCAGUGGGAAGCAGUCACUGUGCCUGAGGAAAAAGUACAAAUGUACAGUGUUGAAGUGAGAGAAUCAAAGAAGCUACUGACUAUAAUUCUGAAAACUAUAGUAAAAAUUAAUAAAAGAGAAGGGAAAGAACUGCUAUUAUAUUUUGAUACAUCAUUAGAAAUCACUAAUGUGGUUGAAAAAAUUUUUGGUGUCAGUAAAUAUAGGGAAUUUUCUAGAAAACAAGGUGUUUCAGUUGCCAAAACAUCUGUGCAUGUAUUUUAUGAUGCAAGUGGAUCACAGAUUCUUGUGCCAGAAAGUCAAUUCUCAAACAUUGAAGAAGAACUCAUUAAUUUAAAUGAAAAACCUAACCCCCAAGAGGAAUUUGUUAACCCUCCAAAAUGUAUCAGUAACCAAGGGGACAGAAAAAAUUAUCAGACUGAGUUUAAGAUAAAUACUCCUAGCAAAAGAAAAAUGUCUGAAGCAUCAAUGAUUGUUCCUGGUGCAGAUAGAUACACUGUGAGAAGUCCAGUACUUUUAAUCAACACAUCAACUCCACGAAGACGAAGAAUUAAGCCACCACUGCAAAUGAUGAGUUCUGCCGAAAAAGCUGAUAUUUCUAAAACAUCAGAAAAUGGAAUGAAUAAUGCUGUACCACAUAAAUCUAGACCAUUUGAACAAAGAAACAGAAAAGCUAACAAAGAUAAACAUAUCAAAACUGCUAAAGUUGUAGAGAAGACACAAAAUAAAGACAUUGGAUUCCUGAACCAAAAUUUAAAUGAACUACAGGAUUCUACUCCUGAUAUAAAAGCAGAGGGAGAACUAGAUCGGCCUGGAUUUCCUUGUGUUUUAGACAAUAACUGUGAAAAUAAAAUGCACUCCAAAUGGGCUUGUUGGACACCUGUGUCAACUAUUAAACUGUGUAAUAACCAAAGAACCAGUACUUCAUCAGGAGACACAUUUAAUCAAGGUAUUGGUAUCAGUAAAAAACAUACUAAACAAAAAUCAUCCUCUUCGAUAUCAGAUUAUGAUUCCGAAGAAACAGGAAAGGGAAAAUAUAAGAAAGAAAUAAUGGAGCAGAGCAAAAUAGAUAAAGCAGAAGUUUGCAAAAAAAACAGUCAACAACAAAAUCAUCCUAACUAUUCAGUUCAGAAAAAGACUGAAAAUACCAAGCAGAGUGAUUGGCAUGUUGAAUCUGAAACUACUUUUAAAUCAGUUCUCCUAAAUAAAACAGUUGAAGAAUCUCUGAUCUAUAGGAAGAAAUACAUAUUGUCAAAAGAUCUGAAAAGCCCUUCUCCUAGAAAAAAUAUGAGAAGUCAAAGAAAAUCCGAGAAAGAAGUGACUUCUGAGCUGGAGUCCUCAGAGUCCUCAGAUUUGAAACAAAAAAUGAGAGAAAAGUCAAAAGGGAAGGGAUUUACUGAUGCAGCAGAAUCCUUGAUAAACCAGAUUAAUGAGAGAUACAAACCAAAAGAUGACAUAAAGCCUUUAAGAAAAUUGAAGGAGCCUUCAAUUGACAGUGGUAUUUCAAACAAGUCUGACCUACAGUUCAGUAAGGGAAAAAUUCAGAAAAACAGUUACAGAAAACUGAAGACUACUUUGGUUAAUGUUACUUCUGAAUUCCCAUUGAACGAUGUUUAUAAUUUUAAUUUGAAUGGAGCUGAUGAGCCUAUUAUAAAACUUGGAAUCCAAGAAUUUCAAGAAACUGCUAAAGAAGCUUGCAUGGAUAAUUCAGUGAAACUGGUUGACUUAAGGAAUCAUGAUGAACUUGAACCUCCUUUAAAAACAAAAGAUGAAAGAAUUAUAGCAAAUCAGAAAAAGAAAAAGAUCUUUAGUGACACUGAAACAGAAUAUAAAUGUGAUGACAGCAAGACUGAUAUUAGCUGGCUAAAAGAACCAAAAUCAAAACCACAGCUAAGUGACUAUAGUAGAAAUAAAAAUGUGAAGAAAUACAAAAGUGGGAGAUCAAGACCAUCUUUGGAUAAGGGACAACCAAAAUCUAAAAUGGCACCCAAUAAAAGCAUCAUCAAAAAUGUAGAUGAGACUAUUCCAGAUGGGAGAUCCAGACUCCCACGAAGAGCAACAAGAACCAAAAAAAAUUAUAAAGAUCUCUCAAAUUCAGAAUCUGAGAGUGAGCAAGAAUCUGCACAUUCAUUUAAAGAGAAAUUGCCAGUAAAGGAGAACCACUCCAGAACCAAAAACAUGAAACUACCAAAGAAACAACAGAAAGUUAUCUUGGCUGAAACACAAAACGAACUACCAAAAAAUCAGAAAAAUACAUCGCUAUUAAAAGAUACUAUAAGUGAUAACAACCUUGACUUAUCUGCUAUGUCUUUAGCUGGGAGUCCAUCAUCUAUAGAAGUAAUGAGAUGUAUGGACAAAAUAGCAGAAAAUGAUUCUCAGGAUUAUGACUGUAUAACAAAAUCUCUAUCACCGUAUCCAAAAACUUCAUCACCUGGAUCUUUGAACAGUGACAAUAAAGUUGGAAGUCCAUUAAAUUCACCCCAAAACAAUGGGACAAGCUUAUUAUGUGCAAGUGUAAGUUGCUCACCAAUUCCACCACCUCUGCUUUUGCCCAGUCAUUCUGCAAGAAAAAAUAAUUCUGCUGUGAAUAGACCAAAUAUAAAUUCUGUGGUACUUACACAAGAAAUGCAAAAUUGUAACAGCUAUUCAGAUAUAAGCAGUUUUCCUUCAGAAAAAGAGUUUAUGGAAAUUGAAUCUCCAUGUAUCAAUGAGAAUAAUAUGCAAAGCAAAAGAGAGGAAAGCCAUUUAGCAUCUCCAUUAUCCAUGUCCAGUGACUCAAGAGAGAGAAUACACUUUGACCUGACUCGUGACACUACUCAGAUAUCAGGCCUCACUCAACAUCUUAGUUGCAAACGAAUGUACAUAGAAGAUAAUCUAAGUAAUUCCAAUGAAGUGAAAAUGGAAGACGUAAGGAGCAUACACUUGCUUCCCAAAAGACUCUGUAAAACUGAAGAUACAGAUCAUCACACCCACAAAAUGUUUGCAAGUUUAUCUCCAUUAUCGACAAAUGAUUGCUUUAUUCCUGAGAACUGGAAAAAUAACCUUCCAGGUGUAGGCAUGAUUUGUGAGAAGCUUAAUUCUCAGUUUAAAAGGAAGAUUCAUAUCCGACAUAAAAUGACAGAUGACUUUACUAAGCAGUCUUGGAAAACGGUUCAGCAGCAUGUGAAAACAAUUAACCAUCAAAUUCGGGAGUAUAGGAUUAAAAAACUUGAUAAAUUCCAGAUGAACAUCAUAGAAGAGCUGGAGAAUUUUGAAAAAGAUUCACAGUCUUUAAAACAUUUUGAGAAGGAAUUUGUGGACAUUUGGGAAAAGAUGAAUCAGCAGUUCAGAGAAUAUAAGAGAAGUGAAGAGCAGAGGCUUCAAUUUUUGAAAACUUCAUUGGACAAAAAUGUCUUCUAUAAAACUGAUUAUGAAGAGACUGUUUUUACAUCAGAGGUGGGUUCGAUGAAAGAAAGUCUGAAAAUGCUGCAAGAAAGGCUUCUUUUGGAAAUGCAAGAAGAGGAACUUCUUAAUGUACACAGAGGACUGAUGUCAUUAUUCAUGGCUCAUGAUAGAAAUGAUGAGUGAAAUCUAGUUGUCAUUCAUUUUUCUAACUUUUUUGUAUAUAAUUAAGGAAAUAGUACCCCUACAAAGAAAAAAUACAUGUUAUCCAGGCAAUUGUACCUCUGUUAGACCUCCCAUCCACAAACAUGUCUUCUUACAGAUGAGAUAGAGCCAUUAUAACAUGACUACAAGCCCAAAGGACUUUAGUCUACAUAAUACUGUACUUUCUUUCAUGGAAAGAACAUUUUGGGAAGCCAGUAAAUGGA